AUGUGGAAUUUAUUGGUAAUCAUUUCCUCUUUGGCCAGCGCGGCCUUUGUUGCUAGCCAAUGUGUGCCUACACCAGGCAAGGAUGGUCGGUAUACUAUCGAGUCGGAUGGCAUCAAGGCGCAGUUUAUUCCCUAUGGAGCCACGCUUACCAACCUGUGGGUAAAAGAUAAGGACGGUGAGGAUGUGGAUAUAGUGUUGGGAUAUGACAAUGCAUCCUACUACCCUGUCGACCCAAGCCAUCCCGUUCUCAACGCCAUCCCCGGCCGCUACGUCAAUCGGAUCGGCAAGGCGACGUACAGCAUUGACGGCGAGAUGUUCAACACGGAAAAGAACGACGGCGAAAACACACUACACAGCGGCACCAACAACUGGUCCUUUCGCUUCUGGAACGUGACGCGCGUGACUGCGACCUCCAUCACUUUCGGGAUCGUCGACAAAUCCAACUCUUCACAGGGCAUGCCGGGUGACGUCCAAGCGCAGGUGGAAUACAGCGUCGAGGGUGGCACCUGGAACAUCAGCAUGGAGGCGACGGCUCCUGAUGCCAAAACGCCACUCAUGCUGACGCAGCACACCUACUUCAACCUGGACGCGUACCGCGACCCGACCGGGCCCAAGGUCUGGAACCACACACUCCAUGUCCCCUUCUCGAGCAGAUAUCUCGAGAACGACGAUGGGGCGCUGCCGACCGGCCGCAUCCUCACGGCGGCGCCGGGGAGCAUCAACGACUUUGCGUCCGAGCCGGACAUCCUCUUGGGCCACGCGAGGGACGACCCGGCCUUUCCUGGCAACUGCGGCGCCGGCGGCCAGUGUGAGGGCUAUAAUGGUUUCUGGCUGAUCGACGACGCGCCCGAGGGGGCCGUGGUUGCUACCCUAGCCAGCGAGUUCUCGGGCAUUAAGGCGGAGCUGCGGACCGACCAGCUCGGAAUUCAGAUCUACACUUGCAAUUGGUUCGACGGCACCAGUCCGCUCAAGUCGACCCAAGGGACCGACGAGGUCAGAACGGUGGGCAGGAGCUCCUGCAUCGCCAUCGAGGUGCACGACUACACCGAUGGAAUUAACCAUCCUGAAUGGGGUCGAAAAGAGGCGCAGAUCACUGGCCCUGGGGAGAAAUAUACUUGGGAGUCAUCGUGGACCUUUUCGACGCUCUGA